AUGAAUGACUCUUCACGCACCAUCAUGCCGCAUGCUGAGAAGUACCCCCCGACGGGCCUCCAGGCCCUCAUCCUGUGCGGCCCGGGCUCUUCGUUUCCGACCUUUACAUCAAGUCCCGAUGAGAACCCAAAAGCGCUCCUCCCUAUCGCCAACAGGCCCAUGGUUUGGUAUCCCAUCGACUUCUGCUAUCGCACAGGCAUCAACACAUCAGAGGCCAUCAAAACAGGCCUGAACACGGACAUUUACCUCACCAGCUUGCCGCUCCCCCGGCCUGAUGUUCUGGCGCCAAAGGAUCUGGACCACAAUAUGGGAACCGCCGAGAUUCUCCGACUACCAGAAGUGAAGGAGCUGGUUGAUAGCGACUUUGUGAUCUUGCCCUGCGACCUUGUUUGCGAGGUCGCGGGGAGCCAACUGCUUCAGGCGUGGCAAGUAAAGUCAGGCAGUCUGCUCAGUAGCCUGGAGGUGAACCAUGUCACCAACGGCAAGCGGUCUCGUUACAGCAGAGGCAUGGGCGUGUGGUACGACACCAAGGCGAACACGCCCAUCAAAAAGGAGGAGACCGACUUUAUCGCCACAACGUCGUUGGACAAGCCGACAAUGGCGCCUGCCACAGAAUCGAUCAUCCCGGGGAUAUCAAAGCUGGUGUACUCCACCCCAAGUGACACACUCAAAGAUGUGAUCGAGGAGAGCAGCGGGUUGCCCAUUCGCCACGGCCUGCUCAAGGCACACCCCCGAGUGCGCAUGCUCACGAAGCACCGCGAUGCACAUAUCUACAUCUUCCCGCGCUGGGUUCUCGAGUUUGUGGAGCAGAACGAGCGCAUGGAAAGCAUAAGCGAGGACGUGGUCGGCUGGUGGGCGAAGGCGAGCUGGCAGCGUGGGCUGGCCGAGAAGCUGCACGUGAGGACAAUCUGUCAAGCGCAGAAGCCCGAUGCAGACAGCCAUGACUCACCAACAAGCGAGAACUCACAAGGGGCCCGGGAUCUAGAGCAGGCUCUGUGGUCCCGGACCUCGACCAUGACCAUGGGUCUCACAUCGCAGCAGCUGCGUCGAGUCCUUAGUCACAAUGAAAGCCAGCCGGAGUCAGAGGUUCCGAAUAUCCUGGCAUACGUACAUUCUGGGUCAAGCCAGAAAGAGGGCUCUCUGGUCAGGAGAGUGGACACGGCGCAGCUACUGCUGGCGAUUUCGCUUCAGCUUGCAAGACUGCCCUCGCUCGAAGAGACGGGAGGCGAGUCAGUCUCUCCGUAUGCCCACGCCAGGAAAGUUGCCUACCCCGAAGGCGUCAAGUCACGCACUACGAUCACGAAACAAGAUUCUUUGGUGGGUGAGAAUGUGACGAUUGAGGAGAAGGUUGCCAUCAAGGAAUCCGUCAUUGGCACGGGCUGCCAGAUCAACGAGGGUGCCAAAAUCUCGGGAUGCCUCCUUAUGGAUGGCGUUGUUGUCGGAAAGAACUGCAAGCUCACAAAAUGCAUCCUCGGGAAGCGUUGCGUCAUCGGGGACGGGUCUAUCUUGACCGAUUGCGAGGUCCAAGAGAACCUACUGGUGGAGGCGAAGACGGAGGACAAGGACAACCGGCUGAUGAGUUCUGAAGGUUUGGAGGCCACCGAGGCCGAGAUGGACGAGGUUCUCCAGGACCAAGACGCGGAGGCAGACGAUGCUGUCAUGGAAUGA